UGUUCAAUUUUGUCUGAAAUCGCUUGUUAGCUUUCUGCAACGCGACUCGUUCCGUCAAAGCACGCAAUAAUUUCAAUUUGUUAGAAUUGUAGUUCUCUACUAUGAAUAAUUGUGCUUGAAAACUAGCAAAUACGUGCAAAUACUGUGUCUAAUUCUUAAUUUUACAUAAUGCAUCCUGGUGGGAUGGAAUUGGAUCUAUUAGCGAACGCCUCCGAGCUGGAUUUCUGCCGCUUGUGCUUGUCGAAUGUGUACGAGCUGCAUCAGCUCUUUCCGGAUGGCUCAACUGGGAGUUCGAAUAACGUUUUGCUGGCAAAGAUACGGUUACUGGCAGAAGUGACGCUUUCUCCGGCUGAAGAGUUGGAAGCCAAUAUUUGCUCCAAUUGUGUACAGAAACUGGAAGAUUUUCAUGCCUUCCGGCUACAGUGCAAGGUAAGCGAUGGUCAAGUGCGAAAAAUGCGAAUUUCUCGUAAAAGGCUUAGAGAACAGCAGGAGCAAGUGUCACAGGUACAAACUUCCGCUGUCGCUACUGUCAAAAGCAACGGAGACGACGAAGCUCCUAGCAGCAAGAAGCAACGCAUCGAGACACCACCGGUCCUGCUCGCCGGUGGUUCCACACUGGGAGGAGUGUUCGAUUUGGUGCAGUAUUGUGAGGACAAAAAUGUCCCCGGAGAGUAUCGUUUGCUGUCGCAGGGUUUCGUGUACAAGUACGAAAGUUUACUGACCUGGCGCUGCGAAUUGGCGGAAACAGAAAAAUGCGACGCACAGUUGGAAAUUGAUGAGGAUUUUAAAAAGUUCCGUGUUGUAUUGAAACAUUGUCACGUCAAGUUGGAUAAGGACGGUGAUGAGCGUAUAUUCGAAAAGAUUACUCCCCAAAUAUGCACAUUUUUAGCCAAAUUGCAGCUUAAACAGUAUGACAGUUUGGAUAAUGAACCAACGGUGGUAGAAGAGAGACCGGCGGAUGCAGCAGAUGAUUCUGAUAUAGAAACGUUAGCUCAGGAACUCUAUGACGAUACAACGGUAGAGAACACACAAGGAAUUCCGAUGGAUCAAAUGAUAGCGACAAGGGGAAUUAACGUGAUUUCCUCGGCGGAAAGACCAACCAUCACGAUGAACGGAUUUACCUACCUGCAGGAGUCGAUCAUCAGAGGAGUAAAACCGGAACAGAUCCGCUGGCGUUGUGAAGAAGAAAGUUGCCAAGGAAUGAUUGUGACCACCAAAGAUUAUCGCAGUUAUGCCUUGGGUAAGCCGCACAAGCAUAUUCCACGCUCUAUUGCUUCAGAUAACAACGUUCCGAUGAGGGCCAGAUCGUCGACUGCCACUCGUGAUGACGAUAAUUUGCUGGAAGUUAUGAGAGAAGUCCCAGAAGAUGUAACACCGAAAAACAGAUCCACUACAUUUACCGGAAUGAGAACCACCGGAGGUGUUUCUUUGGUGGAAGAAUUUAAGAAGACCGGCGCCGACCACAGUUUCUUCAAGGCUUCGGACGGAUCUUACCACAUGUAUCAUGAUAAUUUCUUCUAUAAACGAAACUAUGCCUAUUCGUCGGAGGGAGGCGAAACUAUGUGGAAGUGCACUACAGAGAGCUGCCCUGGAACGUUGAUCGCUUUCAAGUACAUGAAAAAGUUGGUCGGAGGUGUCCCACACAAUCACGAUCCGAUCCGCAACGGUCCGGGUGAUGUAGCUCCCUCCACUUCAUCGAAUUCACCACAAACGGAUGCGGAAUCCGGUCAGGCAGAUAUCAGCGAAAUUGGUUUCUAUCGUAACGCGAAGAACGUGAUAUCGCUGCUGUACGAGGGCUUCAGCUACAGUCUACAGAAUUUCCUUCCAUCGGGAAACAGCUUCUGGAACUGCACCUGGAACAAGUGCGGCGGGCGGAUACAGGCCGGGGCUCACUUUGAAUUUCUGAAAUCGGAGAAGCGUCACUUUCACAAUCCACCAUCGCUGGCGACUCCGAAGAGCUGGAUUCCGCCACCGGUCGCUAUCAAGGAGUUACUCGAUAAGGUCAAGCUGAACGAAGAAAUCCGACGGAAGAUCCAGGCACCGCCCACUCUUUGCUACUCGGAGUUGAAAGAAAAAAUGGACAAAAAAACGUAUAACAGAACAAAGGGUUUUGGAGUCUCGGAAGAGGCAUAAAAAAAAUCUUAACUAUUGGCAUUUGCGCGUCCUCUCAGCCUCACUACUUUGGAAAUCUCCUCUGGACGACCUCCAAAUGGGUACAUCGGUUUUAAUAUGGUGUCGAAUAGCUCACGGUGGUAUGGUAGAUUGGAGCUAGACUCUACAGUUUUAUGUUAGUGAGGAGUACCCAACCAUUGUAGUAGGAGGUAUCUGCGUGUGGAUUGUAUAAAACUUUUUGUUUUGUAAGUUUCGGUAAAUAUUUCAUCAGAUGCGGCUGCUGGAGGAUUCACUCAAGAUAU